ACUGCUGAUUUUGUUAAUGUCAAUGAAAAUGAAAAUGGAAGACCUGAAGAUAAUCUGAGAAUAAAUGAAAACAGAGAACAUAUGCCUGCAGAGGAAAAUGCUACUGAAAGACAGGAAGUUACUUUAGAAGGUGAAUAUUUCAGUGAUUCCGGUUAUGGAACUGGGGAAGAGAAUAUUGAUUAUAGAACACCAGGAGAACAUUCUGAGAGUGAUCCAAAUGAUAAGCAGCAUGGCAUUGAAGAUCAAAUUUAUGAUCAAACUGGAGACGAAUUUAGAGACAGUAGAGGACUCCAGGGCAAUCACAUUCAAAGCUUUAUUGACUUGGAUGGACAUAGAUAUGCAAUUUAUGGCCCCGGAGAUAACACAGCAAAUAUACUGAUGGGAAGUGAGGUCCAUGGGGAAAGUAUACAGUGGGCAUACAUUGAUGAGGGUGGAAGUGGUAAUGGUGGAGAUCCCAAUGAAGAAGGUUCUAGUGAUGGUUGGGGAGAUGGAACCCCAGAAAGUACAACAAACCUUGGAGAAAAUGCAACGGAAACCCAUAGUGAUAGGAACAACAUUCAGGCUUGUGUUAAUGGUACAAAAAUAACCAACCCAAACAAUGAAGGAGAGGGUGAUGCAGGCCCUGUGGAUGAUUCUCUCAAUACUGAUAAUGAAGAAGGUUUUCAAGGUCGUGGCGAUGUAAGCCCCGAAACUGAGCAUGUGACCUGCCUUGAAAAGAAAAGAAAUGAUGGUCUGGACUCAAAUAGCAAUACUAAG